AUGGAAUUCACCCCGCCCCCCUCGCUAGUGCCGGUGUCCCUCCACGGGCAGGGAGGUGCGCGGCUCCUCGGUAGCAAAAUAGCUAGGUCAGGGGAGCACUAUCUCUGUGGCUGUUCUCGUCUGCCCUCUCCGUCUCAGAGAGUGGUACAUUCCGAGAUGGCGGCCCCCAUGCUCCAGCGAGCCGUGGUCUUCUGGGGCAAGGCUGGGGGCGCGAGAGUGCCUCGCGCCGUGGCAGGCAGAAGAUCUAUUCUUUCUGAAGCUUACGUGGACAGUUCAAGAUGGGAAGAAAGAGAAAAAGAGGAGCAUAGCUUGGCUGAAUUGGCCACAUUAAUGGACAGAACCUAUGAAAGAAAACUUCCUGUCAGCUCUUUGACAAUAUCACGGUUUAUUGACAACAUUUCUUCACGAGAAGAGGUGGAUCAAGCUGAGUAUUACCUUUACAAGUUUCGGCAUAGUCCAAACUGCUGGUACCUGAGAGACUGGACUAUCCACAGCUGGAUCAGACAGUGCUUCAAAUAUGGUGCACAGGACAAAGCCUUGUACACAUUAAAAAACAAGGUACAAUAUGGAAUUUUCCCAGAUAACUUUAUCUUCAAUAUAUUACUGGAUUAUUUUAUAAAGAAUGAAAAUUAUGAAGAUGCUGUGUCAGUAGUUACUGAGAUCAUGCUUCAGGAAAGCUUUGAUGAAUUCUCAACACAACUUCUCUCCCUCCAUGUCUUAUACAAAUACCUGGCAACCAAAUCAGAAUUUACAUGGGAAGAGGAAAGAAAUCUUGGAGCCUCUCUUCUGCUUACUGGCCUAAAACAGACAAACACUGUGGGUUUUAGCUCCCAGCUGUAUGGUUAUACAUUCCUUGGAAAAGUGGAGUUGCACAAAGGAUUGCGAGCUGUGUACCAUCAAAUGCCACUGAUGUGGACACCGGGAUACCUGUGCAGAGCUUUGCAAGUGAUGGACAAUGUGGCCUCGCUCCCAGGGGAUAUAAAGCUCUGCAAAGAAGCUAUUGAUGUUCUGGAGACUAUUUUGCAGUCUGUCCCUGAGGUAAAAACUGAGGCAGAAGCAUCAGAAGAAGUCAAGAUCCAUUAUUUGACCAUAUGUGGGCUCUUGCUUGUUAAAACAAAUGCCGUUGGUCUGACAUUGUCCAGGAUUUGUUGCCAAUUAGGUAUGUUAUCAUUAAAUAUGACUGUUAUAGCUUCUAACUUCAGUCUGGGAAGUUACAUGCCCACCCCCUUUUUUGGUCUUUAAACUACUACUACUACUGUGCCCAGUACAAAUUAUUAGACAGGUGUGCUCAAGGAAGAUUCACAUACACAUAUUAAGGCUGCAUGGAUUUUUUUUUUUAAUUUAAAGCGUAUGAAAUCGUAUGCAAACGUAUUGCAGAUUUAGGCUUCCGUCAGGUUGCCCUCAGUCUGGCAAUGUCUGGGCAAACCCUUGCCUUAACAUUACUCACAGGUAGUAGAGUUUCUCUUUUGGCUCAGAUGAUAUUGGCCUGUGUUUUUCCAGCUGAAAUUGGUUAGUUCUGUUGUUCAUACUGUUUGUAUAGGGGUAGCUGAUGACAAUGGUGUCUCUGUGCUACGUUUUCAUUCCAUGUUUACUUCAAGAAAUUACUAGGACUGUUUGUUUCAUGGUUGGGCUUGCUCUGCCUGGCUUUUCCACACAUGCUUUUGGAUUCAUUUCUGUGCUUUGUAUUCAAAGGGGCCGUUUUUGGAAACGGCAUGAAUAACAACAACAGAUUGGCUAACAAGGAAGAUGUUCGGCAGAGUGCCUCCUUAGAGGUCCUGAGUGCCCCUCCAUCUCUGCUAAAGAGACUGAGAGUAGAGGAUACUCACCAUCUUUCAGGAUCAAGCCCUUAGAGCAGGGGUGGGCAAACUUUUUGGCCUGCAGG